AUGCUCCAUCGCCAGAUUGGCCACCGCCGCUGUAUACACCUCUCCCUGAAUGAGCCCUUGCUUUCGAUCCACCGGAUUGUCCAGAUACACAAGCCCAACAACGCCGAGGUUGACCAUAUUGCCAUUCUUUCUUCUAUCGUCCUGUUCCAUCUUCUCGACGCUCGACACCUUCAUCCUACCUCUCACCCAUCUUAUUUGCGCGUGUCCACUCGGCCCCCCGACGACUCCGACACCUCCAUCCGUACGGCCAACCUCGUGGCAUCCGCCAGUGCGGCCAAUUCGAAUUCGACGAUAUUAUCGGUGUACAAGAAGACUAGCGAAUCAGAGCAACGCAGCUACGGCGAACACCGGGGCAUGCGUGCUGCUGGAACAUGGGAAUUGAGAGCCUGUGCCGGUUGA